AUGACAGCAACACACAUAUUAUGCCAAAAGACCAUCAAACUGGACAACAGGAAAGUGACCAAUCACACAUUGACGGAGAAAGCAGAGGUCAGUCAGGAAACGUGCCCGAUGACAAACCUUUCAGGUGCAGUAACACAAUUUGAAAAUAAAAACAGGAGUGAAGCAUGGAGAAAUGGAAUACAUCUGUCUGUGGUCGCUUGUGGAGACCGAGAGAAGGAAUCCGUUAUCCUACUGAAGUCAGCUGUCCUCUUCACAAAAACACCACUUGUUUUCCACAUCUUUGCUGAAUUACAACUGCAGGAUUACUUCAAACGACAGAUUGAAUUUUGGCCCGACGAGUUCAGGACAAGAGUUGAGUACCACAUCUACAACCUGAGUUUCCCAGCAGGAGACACAUCAAAUGAGUGGAAAAAUCUCUUUAAACCCUGUGCAUCACAACGUCUUUUCAUACCUAGUGUGUUGACGGAAGUAGAUGCGUUGUUAUAUGUUGACACGGACGUCCUGUUUUUACGACCCGUGGACGAUAUCUGGGCUUUCUUGCAGAAGUUCAACACUACACAGUUGGUAGCUCUGUCUCCGGAACACGAAGAUGAACAGUGUGGCUGGUACUCUAGAUUUGCAAGACAUCCGUAUUAUGGAGAUCAAGGUGUGAACUCUGGGGUAAUGCUGAUGAAUCUGACACGAAUACGUCAGUCACCAUGGCUAGAAUAUCUCAAGCAAUACCUCAAGGAUUAUAACCUUAAGAUCGCCUGGGGGGACCAGGAUCUUCUCAACAUCUACUUCCAUUACCAUCCAGAACAGCUUUAUGUUUACCCAUGUGAGUGGAAUUAUCGGUCUGAUCAUUGUAUGUACAUGAGUGCAUGUAAAGGUGGCGAAACAAACGGGGCCAAUGUCCUACACGGAAACAGACGGGUGAUGCACAAUGAUAAACAACCAGCUUUCAAAGCCACCUACGACACCUUUGUCAAGCACCUGUUUGGCGCAGAUUUAAAGUAUGACAUGCUUGUCACCCUGAAGAAAGAAUUAGAUAAAACCAAACACACAUCCUGUGGAAAAGUGCCUCAUAUAUUCUACAAUCAGAUAGAAAAUUAUAUAGACUCGUUAGAUAUGAACAAUAAUAAUAAAUAAGGAGAGCAAUGUGUACCAAACUCUUGAAACCGACGAAAUGCCUACGUGAUGAGUUCUAAUUAGUGCGAUCGCACACAAUAUGCAAUCGGAACCCUCCUCAUUUUCUUCGUUCGCAGACGGAGGCGAGGUGUUCCGAUUGACACAAUAUGUUUCCGCGGGCCUUUCGGUUCUAGGGUGAAAAUAUAUACACGGGAGUGAUCAUGAUAUUAUAACAGCUAAAUACGUGUUACUGGUUGAUACAAGAAUAACGUUAAUGUUUAAGUUCGACAUUUCCUUUAAAACUAAAUGUAAGGAUAUAUUGGUUUUAUUUAUAUUUUUAAGGUUAUUUUUACGUUUAACAAUUGUACGAACAUAUGGACAUUUCCUAUAAUCAAAUUUCUUGAUACAAUUUAUUGCAUUUUGCCAGUGACAUAUAGAAAUUUAUCAAACUAAUAAAACUUAUAUUUUCACUGCAGCAAUGAGGAACGAUUUUGCAGUUAAAAUAUAAAAGUUUGCAGUGAAAAUACAUGUUUUCCGUUUUUUACCAAUCAGAGCGGACCUUUGUAUUCACCUCGUUGAAACAUGCCGAUUUUUCCAAUCAAAGCGGAGAUAGAUAAAUUGGUUAUUUUGCUGUAUUUCUGAAAUUUUCAGACUAUUUUUUGACAAAAUACCUGUCAGCGUUAUAGUGCAAAUGUGUGUGUAUGUUACCCGAGAUAUCCCCUUUCAAUUCAUUUCACCCUUCUUCUUAUCUUCAGAAGUAUAACAAAUAAAGUUUAAUGCUAAGUAGAACAUGAUCAAUUCUAAUGAAUUUAUUACACAAUGAACCAACAGCAAGUCGUGAAUGAUGACCUAUGUUAUAUAUAUUGUAUAUAUAUAUAUAUAUUAUCAACCAUCAAGUGUGUAUCCGGAAUUAAUCAAUAUCAUCUUUUUAUGUUAGUAUGUUUAUUGUUCCGUAAUUUGUGUCCUUCCAUCACCGGAAGUUGUUUUGAUGUUUACUCAGUUUAGUAGAAGAAGAAUAAAAUAUAAGUUGGAGGCACCACGUGUUAGAGAUUUUCUAUAUUG